AGUGUUUUGACAAUAUGGGGACCAACUUGUUCUGUUUGGAGUAUAUCUCUGCGGAACGGGGGAGAUAUGUUAUCAACACACAGUAGCUAAAUGUAGUACUACACAUGUUGUUUUCUGAAAGUUAGCGGGACUUGAUCCAGACAACACAAAGACAGCUUGUCAUCUUACAUCAGUUGUGAAGAGAUAUCUCUAUGUCUUGAUGGGUUUUGAUUCUGAUUUGACUGGUGUGAUAAAGCUGAAGAUUUAACCUGCAGGCAUAACAUUGUGUUCUUCCUAUAUAAUUACAGUUCCUACUGAACCCACCUUUGUCCUUUACUGCAGAUAUGCUGGUGGCGACCAGUUUGUUGAGAGAAUGGCCCUGAAACAGCCAGAGAGGUGAUUGGAGUUGUGUGAUUCUGGCCAGAGAUUUAAUGUGUCAGGUGUGAGGGGAGAUAACAUAGUGGAGAUGUCGUCAGGAUCAGGGGAGAUCACUCCCAUUGAGCAAGGAGCAGUUGGAGGUCAAGAAGAUGAAGGGGCCAAAGUCACAUUUGAAGAUGGAAGAGGUGAUGGAAAGAAAAAGAAGUUUAAACCCUUGGAGAGGAUGUUUAAGUUCUUUAAAAGUGGGAAGAAGCGUUCAAAGUCCAAGGAGAGAGAUCCAAAUAUUGUGUCUGUGAAAUCCAAGUCUACAAGUGCUCUCUACAAGGAAAUCUCUCACGGGGACGAAGACGAAGAGGAUGGAGGGUUUAAGAGAAUGCCCCUGGGAGGAACUAGAAGUAUAUCAGAAGAUAGUGUAUUUAAUCCUGAACAGCGUGAUCUGACGGGCAUGCGUAAGACUGCAGUAUCCAUGGAGAACAUAAAACAGGAUUUCAGGACUGAAUUAUUCAGUAAGUUACGGAAACGACAAAGUACAAUGUCAUCUGAUGAGGAUGAGGAUGAUUUUGGUUUCCAACAGUCAACCCAUGUGUCCUAUGAUGAGGUCACAACAAGGGGUCGGCCGAAGAUUCUUGUGAUGGACUAUCAUCGUAUGUACCUUCCACCACCUGUUGAAGGCAAACCUGGAAGUCAGGACUCGAGUUUGUCAGCAGAUCUUACUGAAGAUGUUUUCUUCAACACCAGCUGGCAAGAGUCAGUAGGAGGAACAACCCCACAGAAGCCUGUUAGCUCCCCAGGUAAAGCAAUGGACAUGGAUUUAAAUGCUGUGAAGUCGGAUUCUCAGGUGCUGGACAGCGAAGCGGCUAAACACAAAAUCUCCAUCAAACCCAGGCAACGUCGGGCUUCCAGUCAGCGUGCCAGGACUAAACCGUCUGGAGGAGCAGCGUCCUUGCCACAGGUAAAGGAGGAAUCUCCACCAAAGGAACUGGCAUCACCAGUAGCAACACUAAAAUCACUGGAGGAUGAAAAACCAGUGGAGGCAAACCCUACUAAGGAGGAAAUCACAGAUGAUGUGGAGAAUGUCAAGACAGUCGACCAUGAACCACUAAUAACUGUCGAGGAUAAUAAGACUAGUAUCCAGAUUGGUGGUAAGGACAAACCUGAUGCUGAAGCCAGUACAGGCAGUCCUUCCCAGGAGAUGGAUAGUCCUAGUAAGCGCUGGAGCAUGACAGAGGGUGAAAAGGACAAGAUGCCUGGUCUACCAGUAAGUCCAGUUGCUCUAGGGGCUGUCAAACUACGGACCAGGCCUCGUCCUAAGAGUCUGAUCGAACCUCCACAACUUCCUCCUAGUGGAGAUGAGCUGGCAAAGGCUUUCAACAAGCGCCUGUCAGUUAGAAAGGAGAGAACAAACGAGGAAUUCUCAGAGGAAGAUUUCUUAGAAGCUAAAAAAGACUCUAAUGAGGUUACACCUGUUGUGCAGCCAUCUGAUGGCAAAAAGACAUCACCUACAGGUGCUGCCCCCUCAACAGGGGGGAUAACUUAUGUGUUAAAGAAGGAACCUUUGAGAAAGACAUCAUCAUCAGACAGUGCUAAAACUCCACAGUUGAAGGCUGUUUCUGAGGAACCAAAUAAAACUGACCAGCCUAAACCCAAAGUAACAGAAACCAAAGCUGAGCCUGUGAAGAUUGAGGUGCCCCAAAAAGACAAUGUGCCACCUUCUGUACAGGAGAAAAGUAAAUCUCUCACAAACAAAUUGGCUUCACCACGGGAAGAAUACAGACUGAAAAGACAGUCUCGUAGUAAGACUUUGCCUGUACAGCCAGUUUCACAGGAAUUUUUGGAUAAAAAGGUAAAUGAUAUCGCUGCAGCUAGCAGUAAUUUAAGCCAAAGUGUGAAGGAAGAAUCAAAGGAGGGUAAAGCAGAUCCACUAUCUUCUGCUCUAUCUAAGAAAUCAGAACCAAAACGUCUUUCUUUAAAGGAGACAAGCAAUGCUGCUGAACCAUUAUGGUUUGCUGUGGCCAGACGGAAACAAGCUGAUGCAGAAAAAGAGGAAAGAGAGGCUGCCAAGAAAGAAAAUUCUCCACCUGUUGGGGCAAAAAUUAAUCCAUCACCUUCAUCUGGAGGGGCCAAAACAACACCUUUACAAUCAUCUGUAGGGGCUAAAACACCACCCUUGCAAUCCUCAUUAGGGCCCAAGCCUACCCCUGGACAGUCAUCUGUUAGUACAAAACCUACCCCUGGACAGUCAUCUGUUAGUACAAAACCUACCCCAGGACAGUCAUUGGCAGGUACAAAACCUACCCCAGGACAGUCAUUGGCGGGUACAAAACCUACCCCUGGACAGUCAUCUGUUAGUACAAAACCUACCCCAGGACAGUCAUUGGCGGGUACAAAACCUACCCCAGGACAGUCAUUGGCGGGUACAAAACCUACCCCUGGACCAUUGUCGGUAGGUACAAAACCUACCCCUGGACAGUCAUCUGUUAGUACAAAACCUACCCCAGGACAGUCAUUGGCGGGUACAAAACCUACCCCAGGACAGUCAUUGGCGGGUACAAAACCUACCCCAGGACAAUCAGCUGUUGGAACAAAGACUAACCCUUCAGUAGGAAUAAAACCAAACUCUACUGAUAGUCCAAAUACCUCUAGUGCUAACAAGGAGGUACCAUCCUCAGUACGGAGUUUUAGGGAUAAUGUGUCGGACAAAUCAGAGAGUACUCCAUUUAACAGGGGCAGUGUGAAAUCCUCAGGGUUCUCUAGUAAGGAAGAAAAGGAAAAAAUUAACGGAAACAAAAAAGCUCCUGAAACAAAGAAGGAAAGUGAACCUGUGCAAAGGACACUGUCAAAUAGAUCAAAGUUUGAAGCUAAGAGUUCUACAACUGGUGGUGGCAGUCAGGCAUCAACGUCUUCCUCAUCAUCAUCCUCAUCCUCGUCUGUUCCAGCCUGGAAGGCAAAUUUGGCCAAGAAGAAGGAAAAAGAACCACAAAUCAAAAUAGAAAUUAUAGAAAAGAAAACGGAGAAACCAGUUCCCCCAAAGAAACCCUCAAAGGCCUUAGAAGAGGAGAGAUCCCAUAGGACAUAAAGCCAUAUUACGGGAUAAACCGGUGGUGGAUAAAUGCAGUGACAAGAGACAGUCCAAGGUCUUGGAUAUGGUUAAGAGUUUCCAGAAACUUGAGGUCAGCUGAUGUACAAACAAUGAGCCUCUAUAGCUGUCUGUACAGACUUACCUCCCCUGAUAUCCUGGGCUGAACUGCACUUCCAUGGAGGAGAAUUUAUUAGCUAUGAAGGGCAGAAAUAAUGUUUGUCCUCCACCCUGGGGACUGCACCAACAAAUGCAUUUCUAUUGCUUAUCUUUCGAAAAUGGAGAUAAGAUUGACAUGGUUACCUCCCCUCCAACAGAGAUUUUUUUAACCAGCUCUGUAACAGAUAAGAUCAGUUUACUGAGAUAUUUGACCAAACUACUGCAAAGUAACAUUUAACUACAGCUAUUCCGUAUCACAAUGUUCCAGAUUGUUUUGUGUCCGCUUUUAGUGUUUAUGAAGGUGUUUAAGUGUUUUCUGCUAUAUAUCUGACCUCUUAGGAAAAUUGUGAAUUGAGUGAUGAGUGAUGUUGAAAUUUCAAAUCAUAAUUAAUUUUUUUAUGUUCAUUAAGUUCAAUAAAAACCAACACUAAGAGAAAACAACCAUAUGAUAUAUUAUUGUCACAGAUACAAUGAACUCCAGAAAACUACAGUAGCUUAUUAUUUAAAACACAAGAUAAACACAGCUCUAUCACUUUCAAGUGUACAUUUUUAUAGUAACAACAUCACUAUCUAGGGAUCCAUGCCUUUAACACUAUGCCUCAUUGGUUGACAUUGGACAUCAUGUGACUAGUUAUGUAAACAUGUCUUUGAUUGGCUGUUUAUUAUCUGUGUGAUUACAAAUUCCAUUAAGUCCUGUAUACUAGGUACGGAUGCCAUUAGAACUUGUUAGAGAUAUUUGGUGGAUAAAGUGAUGAGGUAUUGACUGUAAGACAAAUCUUGUCGACUUUUCAUGAAGAGCAAAUCAGGAAAUAUAAGUUGAUGAUGUGAUAUGUUGUUAUACAAUGUAGGCCUAUAUAGAUAUAUUUAUUCUGUAUUACUAAUGUAACAUAAUGUAAACGUUUACACCCAUAACUUUAAUGUAACAUAAUGUAAACAUUUACACCCAUAACUUUAAUCGUUUUAACUCCUGCCUUCUUUUAAUAUAAUUUUAUCUGUAACGUAAUCUGCUGUCAAAAUUAUGUAACAGAUAUUGUUGACAAAACUGAGGGCAUUAUCCAUGUAUAUUAUGCUUGACGAAAGAAUUUAAAAAGACAAUUUUUUUCAAUUAGCAAAAUUCUUAGAACCAUUCUCUUAUCUGUGUUUCCUGGCAAAUGCACAUGGCCAAUUACAAAGUCAACUAUCAGCAUGGCCAAUUACAAAGUCAACUAUCAGCAUGCAAUGAUUUUUUGGACUGACUGAUGUCUUUGGUGUUGAUCACCGGAGACUAGAAGUUUACGAAUCAUUUAAAUGUAUGUUUCCCAAGUGCAAUAUAUAUAUACUGUAUUUAAGAUGUUAAAUAGAUUGUUAGUCAUUAAUCAUCUGUGUGAAUAAGUAGACUAAUUUUUAGCCAUUUUUAGUUCAAUAUUUUAUCACCCAUUAAAACUUAUUCAUUGUAAGGAGUCAUCCCCCAGAAUGUUAUAUAUUUAUAAUGCAUCUAAUUAACUGAAAGCUUUUCAAAUUAUGAAAAGUAGUAACAAAUAUAUUUCCAAUCAUUAGGCUCAAGUCAGAAUUAAAAUGGAUGGCUUAUGAUUAGAAAAGUGCAUUUGCAGUGUGACAGAAAUGGCUGAUUUUCUUUGAAUGUGACAUUGACAUGUCUCAAAUUUCUUUGAACUUAUCCUUACAGACAUUGAGCUUUAACAGAUUGUAGUCGAACUAGAUGUCCUUGGCUUUGCUUUGCUACACCAGUCAAAUGUUUGAUGUUUUUUGUUUCUUUUUAGAAUAAUAAUUCAGAAGCAAGGGAUAAUGUUGAAAUGUACAGUGUAUUUUAGUUCACUCCAAUGUAAACAUGUGAUGAUAUCAGUAGGUUGAUCAAAUGAGUUUUGUAUCCAAAUUUAUUGAACUUCAUUAAACAGUCAUACUCUAGUGCAAUAUUUACACACGGAAAAGUGCUAAAAUGUGAUAUACACACAACAAAAUGUACACUUUUAAAACAGAUUUGUUCAGGUGGGUUACAUAUUAUGUACAUUUCUUGUUUAUGUACCAAAACAAUCCAAAAGUAUAGUUUUUGUAAUUACACGUACCAAAAACAAUUACAAUGUAAUUACACGUACCAAAAACAAUUACAAUGUAAUUACACGUACCAAAAACAAUUACAAUGUAAUUACACGUACCAAAAACAAUAAAAGUGUAAUCACAGGUACAAAAAAAAAACAAUUAAAAUGUUUGUGCAGGUACCAAAAACAAUUAAAAUGUGUGUAAAGGUACCAAAAACAAUUAUAACUUGUGUACCGCUAGCAUUGUUAAGACAAGCACAGAUUAAUGACUGAACAUGCUGGAAUCAAUGAUGUUAUAAAUAACAUUGGUGUGUAUGAUAUUCUCCUGUAGAUCUCAGUAACCUUCUCAUACAUAUCACAGUUACCACUACAAUUUUGUAUAUGCUGUGUUUAGUUAAAGGUCGUGUACAGGUUUUCGUAGGAUUAGUUCACAAGACAUUCAGUUCAUUUCUUGUUGAAUUGAGGUUAGGCUAAGCACAGAAUGAGAAUUGUUUUUAGAGUAUAAUUCCGGGAAUGGAUGGCCCGAGGUAGAGAUGUGUACAUUAUGUGUAGAAAGUGUUGUGACUGUACCACAGCUUGCCAAAACUUUGUCAUUAAUCAUGGAUAAUAAGACAUCAUAGAUUUCAUCAUUAACUUAUCAACAGUUGAUCCAUUGUUUAAGAGGUUAACUUCUCAAGUUUUAGGUGUGUAUUAUGGAUUGAAGAAAAGUACAGCUUAAUAAGUUUACCAAAAAUUUGUGUUAUUUUGAAUCCCUAGUGAUAAUUCCUUUGUUAAUUGUUUAUCCUCUAGAAAUUUUAUCCUUACCUUGAUAUUUUAAACAACCAAAGAAACAAUUGUUUUAAAACUGUUUAUGAUUUAUUCUUGUUCAAGGUAAUAAUUGAUCCCUUGAAGCAAGACAAAGUGAGAAAAAAAAAAUUACACACAAUUAUAUUUGGUUUCUACGGAGAAUAAUUUGAUAUGAUUGCCGUAAGAUGGUGCUUGCCUGUUCAUCUGUCAUAUUGGCAUUACCUGUGAGGGGUCCUCCCCAUACCAAAGAAAGCCUUAGGCUGUCCUGGCAAAUCUGUCUGGCAGCCCGUCUGUCUGGUUACCAGACAUUUUAAAUAUUGUUUGUCACAUGAUGAAAAUACAAGAGGUUCUGUCCUCAUUAUGGGAUGGUCUAUACCAUGACACACAUUAACCCAUCAUCGUUGUCUAUAUGUACAUACAUAAUACAAAUUUAUUAAAAAAAUAUCAAGUUA